AUGCUGACUACUAGAUUUAUGUCUUUACUAGAAAAAAGAAUCCUUCUCGGGCAUAUUCUAAAAGUCUCAUUAUGGUCUUCUAGUGUAAUGAGAUUCUCUACAACAAAUCCUCCACCAACUCAAAGCAGCAAAGAUCAACUUAAUAUGAAAUGAAUCAAUAAGAAAAACCAAAAAAAUCUUGCACUACAAUCGCAUCCUUUAGAAAUUUAUGUAGGAAAUUUAUCAUUUGAUGCCAAAGACCAAGAUAUCAUUGAUUUUUUCAGCAAAUGCGGAAAUCCACAGAUAAAGGAAACACUACUUAAUAAGCUUGGCAAAAAGAAAUCUUUUGUUUUCAUAAAAUUUGAUAAUGAAAAAGAAGUUAAUGAAGCUCUCGCUCUUCAUGGGACUAUAUUUAUGGGAAGAAAGCUGAGAAUCAACAGAGCUGAUGAUGCAGCAAAGAUAGAAGAAAAAAGAGAAGAAAUUAUUAAUAAAAACAAACAAAAGCAAACAAAUGUAAUUUUUGUUUGGAAUUUGCCUGAGAAAGCUAAUGAAGAUGAUAUUAUGGAUGUUUUUACAGCUGUAGGUGCUGUUGAUCAAGUAAAGAUACAAGGGAGUCCAGGAAAGCAAGAUAAGCGCUUUGCAUUUGUCGAAUUUUUAAACAAUGAUUAGAUUAGAUUAGAUUAAGUUAGAAUCGGUCUUCGGGAUUUUUUCAGCACCUCUCCACUCUUUAUCGACUUCGGGCUCUUCGUCCUUGACAUUGGGUGGCAUUUAGACCUUUUCUCUCGACACCGCAAUCUCUCGGGGAGACGCAUCCAAGUACUUUCUUGGACAGCACUUAGAGGUCGGCAUAAUCUAUUCUGGGAUGGGAGAUAGGAUACGACCAUGAAUCUUUCUUCUGGCUCCCAUUACCCUUCGCAUCCAGAAACGUGGAGUUGUUUAAAGAUUCUGGUUUCCUUGUCUAUGGUGUGGGGUAAGAAACCCUGUUGUGAUGGAUAAAAAACCGCCGGGAACAAGCUUUAGGCCCCAGCCCCUCUUAAACCAAACCUAAGAGAAUUUGAAAUAAGACGGGUCGGAUAAGUUGCUAUUUUGUUUGUGUUUUUUAACAACGAAGAUGCAGAAAAAGCCCUUGCUUAUAAUGAUUUUAAACUCAAUGGCCAAAAGCUCAAAGUUGAUCUGGCAUUUUCUAAAAAUCCUUUUUAA